AUGAUUAAAUAUAAACCUGAAGGUGCUGAAUCAAAUUCACCAGCUUCACAAGGUUAUGCAUUAUUUAAUUUCAAUCCUGAUUACUCAGAAUCUACCAAAAAUGAUUGUUGGUACAGAACAGAUCCAAAAUUGAUCGUUGAUGAACAAGAUCAUACUAAUAUUCAACCAUGGUUUCCGUUACCGUCAAAUCUUGUCAAUAAGGGGAAAGAAUGGAUACCAGAAAUACAACUAAAUGCUACAAGAUAUGAUUCAUCUGAAAUAUGUGAUUUAGAACGAUCUGAUCUUGGAAAAGUUCCAUGUUUAAGUUAUUUUGAAACAGAAGAUAGACCAGCUAAAACUAUUCGUGCACGUGCUGCUCAAGGUUUUAAUGUGGAACCUCAACAUGGAUAUGUAGUAACUCCAAAUGGUCAAGAUCAUUUUACAUUGAAAUUACAAACACCAUUAGUUCGUUCACUUGGCGAUCAAGUCAAAGUUGAGUUUAAAGUACAACCAAAUUUGUAUUACAAUGGUACACAAUGUGCUAAAUUUAAUCCAAUUAUUUUUAAUCAAGAAAACUGGGAUAAACCAUUACAAGUUGAUAUGUCUUUUAUUGAUUAUGGAUGUUGCACAUAUGCAAUUACAGCAAAUGGUGGUGGAUACGAAUGGCUAUAUACAACACAAACAUUUGUUGUUUAUGCAUGUGAUGGACAAGCUGGAUACGGUUGCAUUGGCAAACAACCAUGUGGAGCCUAA